ACGCAACCUCUCUGUCUUUGGCCAUAUAUAUUCAACCCCUCUUAUUUUCUGAUCGAACUUUAUCUCGUAAAAUCCACCCAAUUUUUUUUCCUGUUUCUUUUAAGCCUAUACUCUUUCAACACAAUCAAUAAAUCAAUCAAGGAUAAUCGCACCUCCAUCUAUAAUUUCGCCGACUGUAAUUCCGCACCUUUAAUUCAUCGUUUUAUUUUCCCUUCACGUCGACCCUUAUCUUCCCUCGGUUAAGUUUGCCUUAAUUUGAUGUUUCCCGUUCAAUUGUUGCGGAUCGUUGUAAUCCUACCUGCUCACUUGUUGACACGUCGUGUGAUUUCAUUUUUCUUAUUAUUUAUGGGUUGUGGGACUCAUUGGUGAUUGUGGAUCCACAAAUAUGCAAUAAUUCUUAACUUGACGCCUAACUACUCCAAGAAUUUUAGGACACUGCUUGUCUGAAUAGUUGUUUGAAAAGUUCACCAAGGCUUGCCAUCCGAUAUGCUAUAAAGUCAACUAAAGAUAUUGUUUUGUGUCAUUUGCUAAAUCAGAACGUUAUAAGAUUCAGACCCUCUGUUUUAAGGUUCUGAAGCUGCCAGUAAAAGAGAAAUCUCAGUGCCUUUUAGCGGUGAGUAAACAUAAUAUGGCUGAUAUCAAUGUGUACAGGAAUGCGCUAUUACCUUCAUAACAUUUCAAGUUAUGUUACAUGAUGGGAUUACGUGACAUUCCGUGCCAUAUGAAUAUUUGCAAAUUUAUAUAUCAGCUGAAACUGUGUAGUGGUUUAAAAUAAACACAGUGCUCCUUGUUUUUACCUAUGAAUGGUCUGGGAAUCCGGGGUGGGGUUUGGAUUGAGUGUAUGAAGCAGAUCCCAGUCCUUAACUGUUUCAGAUCAGUAAGGGAUGAUGAGUGGUAAUUAUUUUUUGGUAAGUAGUUACCUCUUUUGGUUUGUUACCCCUAUGAGGACUCGUUUAGUGAUUUUGGUGCAUGCAAUAUAGAGAUGCGUUGCUAGUGGCAGAUCACUAAGAAUCAUUCCUUGCAAACUUGUGAUAUGUUCACAUAUAUCUUACCUGCUGUUAGGGGUCAUAGCGAAAUGUAAAAUUAUGAUCUCUCUUUUAAAGAUGGUCUGAUUUUACUGCAGCUAUGUGUUUUGGAUGAUGACCAAUAAUGUUUGAAUUUGUAAUUUUGUUUAAUUCACAAUGUUUCAGCAUGGAAUAAAACAUGUCUAACUAACUUAAUAAACUUGUUCUUGUCCUGUUCUUUUUCCUUUAUUUUCUGUGUAAUUGAGGCACUCUACUAAAAUUAAAAUUUAAGUUUUUGUAUAUCUACAUACCUCAUUUGAAAAAGAGGUUCCUCUUGGGCUUUCUUUUAGAUCUAUUGAGUAUCUUUAUUCUUUUUGUGGAUUUGGUAAUGACAUGUAGAGUAGAUGAAUUGUGGUCUUACAGCUAUGAAGUUGAGUUUUUUGGAGGUUGGGAUAACAUAGAGUUUGAUGCUUAUUUGUGUAUGACCUGAUGAAAUGAUAAUUCAGUAAGAGAUACUAGUAUAAAAUUAAUCGCUAUCUAGAAUUAAGCUGGAUGCCUGCAAUAGUUCAUUCCUCUCCCUCCCUCAGUGUGUGUGUGUACCCUCAUUUUCACUUCAGUUGAAACUCCCAUUUGUUUUAUGAAAUGAUAAUUAUUUGCAUCAAUACUUACACUUCAUAAUGUUGUCUUCAGUGUGUGUUUUUUUGUUGUUGUACAUUAAAAAUUGUGUGCUAAUGCAAUCGAUAUUAGUAAUAUAUCGCAGUGCACAUAAAUGGCUAGUAGGAAAAGAAGCAUGUCACAUGAUUCAGAUGUGUCUCAUCUGUACAAGGAAUUGGAUGAAGCCUUAUGUCCCAUAUGCAUGGACCACCCCCACAAUGCUGUUCUUCUCAUUUGCAGUUCCCAUGUUAAGAGUUGCCGCUCGUACAUAUGUGAUACUAGCUAUAGGCAUUCAAAUUGUUUGGAUCGUUUUAAAAAACUGAAAGAGGAAAAUGUAGACAACUUGUCUGCAACUAGUUUGGCAUCUGAAGGUAGUCAUGACUCUGUUUUGAGUGGGAAUUUGGACCUGACAGUGACGACAGAUCAUGCAAAUCACACAAACACACGAACUAGCAUGGUACAGAUUGGCAUGCCUCAAGGAGAUUCGGGUGGACAGAGCACCCACAAUGUUAAUCCGAGUUCUGGUGAAGAAGGAAGAGUUUGGGAAAACCUUGAUAUUGGGGAACCCAACAUGGAGAAAUCGGAUGAGGUGUCAAAAUUGAGAUGCCCUCUAUGCCGUGGGAAGGUUUUGGGGUGGAAAGUUGUUGAGGAGGCUAGAAAGCACCUGAACCUAAAGACUAGAAGCUGCUCUCAUGAAUCGUGUCUGUUCUCUGGUAGUUACAGGGAGCUGCGUAGGCAUGCAAGAAGGGUUCAUCCAACAGUGCGCCCAGCUGAUGUCGAUCCAUCUAGACAGAGAGCCUGGCAUCGCCUUGAAGGUCAGAGGGAGUACAAUGAUAUUGUUAGUGCAAUUCGUUCAGCCAUGCCAGGGGCUGUUGUCUUUGGUGACUAUGUGGUUGAUGGUGGGGAUAGGCUGUCAGGUGAAAGAGAUAGAAAUGGAGGUGCUGGUGAGGGUAGCCGGUUGUUGAGCACCUUAUUCCUGUUUCAGAUGUUUGGUUCACUGGAACCUGGCGCUGAACCAAGAGGUGGCCGGUCAAGACAGUUAGCAAGACAUCGCCGAGCUGCUGGAACCUCUUCCAGACGUCGCUAUCUCUGGGGUGAAAAUCUAUUGGGCCAUCACAAUGAUGACGAUGAUGACGAUGACCAGGAUCAUGAUACAAACCUUAAUAUAAUGAGUGAUCUUGGUGAUAAUGCUCCUCCAAAUCCAAGACGGCGUCGGAGGCUAACACAUGCUGAGUCGGAUGAAGGUCAACAAUAGGGAAGCACAAAUUGCAAGUAACCUCGAAGAAGCUUGUGGUGGGUCUUGUCUGACCUGAUGAGAUGCAGGUGACCUCGUGAUGAAGAUUCGACAUAUAUGACUGAGACAAGGGUCAUAAUGUACCAGAUCUACCCCAGAAUAAUGAACGUGUCAACGUGUGUUAUAUCUGGGCCUGUUCAUAUAUAAGAUGUGAUUUUUCCCCACAUGAUAGGGAAAGAAUAAUCAAGAACCUCUUUUAUUUUCAUUCUUUUGCAGCUGCUGAAAAUGUGUGACCUCUCUCUGUCCUUUAUCUUACACUGGAUUGGUAUUAUAACCUUUCAGCUUCCACUUGUACCAUCUAAAAUGUCAUUUCUCUUUAGCUUA